AUGCGAUGCAGGGGAGCUGAGGCCGCCAGGGAGAACACCGCAUGUCAGGGAAUACAGCCAGUCUGAGAUAAUGGCGGAACGCAGUUGGGUGAACCCGGUAUCGGAAAAACUGAAUUUAAUCUUUAUGGACGUUGCCGUUUGUGCUUGGAGUCAGUCGGCUCAUAUAUCAUCGGCUCCCUUAUCCCCAGUCACAGGACGUCGGUAGCGCCGUUCCCGGUGUCUUCCAGGCGGCUCGCUAGCCCCUAGUUUUUCCUUAAAUCUCAGCUUCACAAUCACGGAUCUCAUUGUUAUUUUUGUCCUUUUUAAAAAAAACAAAAAAAUAAUAAUAUAUACAGCUGUGUGAAAACAAGCCUGUUACAAACGAAGCGGACGUGAGGAAUAUGCCACUGGUUUGCUGGUAUUAAAGUAAGUCAGGUAUGACCUGCUAGUCCUCCGCUAGGAUCAAGCUAGCAUCAUCUAGAGUUGGAUGGAGCCUCAGCGGCGGCUCUCACAGCAUCAUCCCAGCCCGGGACGCGCUGCUGCCGCAGCAGCGGAAUGCUAACGACGAAAGAAGAAGCGGGGACAUGUUGUUUUUACGCCGCUACCGGCGGUUUUAUGAUUGAGGUGCUCCACUUGUACACUCUUACAUGUCUAAUGUAAUGAAUACGCCCAGGUUGCAGCAUGUAUGUGGCUGGUCGUGUCUGCCUCCACCCCUGCGGAUGACACACGUACAUAUACCGGCGGCUCAGAGCAAACGCAGCCGGAGCGGUCACACCGUCGCCGGGUAGCGCCGAGAGACUCCUCGCUACUAGCGCCGAACCAGGCGGCUAACAGCACAGUAGGAAAGACCCCGAAGAAACGGCAACACCAAUGGUGUCCCAUAAGGUUUUAGUCGCAAUAAUCCUACUUAACGUGUACAUCGGUGUACAGUCCGCGUUUUACCUAUUCGGCGGCGUUAUUUUAACCGCCCUGUUUGCUAUGGCAUAUUUAAAUGGACCCAGGCUGCUGGACUGGGCGAGUUCACCUCCACAUCUUCAGUUCAACAAAUACGUCCUGACGGGAUACCGGCCCAUCUCCUCCGUGCAGGAGUGCAUCAGAAGCCUGUUUUACCUGCACAACGAGCUGGGAAACAUUUACACCCAUGGCAUUCCGUUGCUCUGCUUCCUGGUGCUGCUGCCGCUCAACAUCCCCUGGUCUCAGAUCAGUGUCACGUGGCUGGGCGUGGUGCACUUCCUGGCGUGCCUGUCGCCGCAGCUGGGCUCCGUGCUCUACCACCUCUUCAUGAACCACGAGGGGGGCGAGCCCGUCUACCACACCCUGCUCAAGCUCGACGUGUGUGGAAUCUGCAUGAUCAACACACUGGGGGCUCUGCCCAUUGUCUACAGUACUCUGCUGUGCUACCCAUUCAUCCGCACCGUUGCUCUGGUCGUCUACAUCCUGCUGUCCUCCCACGCCAUCUACUGUGCCGUGACGGCGCGGAGCAGCGUUCGCCGGCUGCGCUCCUUCGCCUGGCAGGCGCUUUUCCGCUUCUCCUUCUUCCUGCUCCGCUGGGCGGGCGUGGGCGGCGGCAGCCCCACCUCGCUACGCAACUUCAUCACAAUGGAUGUACUGGCUGUGCUGGGCGGGGUCAUCAACAUCAUGCGCAUCCCAGAACGCUUCCGCCCGGGUCUCUUUGACUACUGGUGCAACAGCCACCAGAUCAUGCAUGUUCUAGUGGUGGGCUCCAUCCUUUACUUACACUGGGGUGUGCUGGAUGACCUGCUGUGGAUCAACAGCUACAAUUGUCCCUCUAACUGACCCCGCCUGCAGCCCCCACCCCUAACACAAGGAGCACCGGGAUGUAACAUUGGAGGACUUCAUGGGGGAGGGGGUUGUUUUCUGGAGAAGGAUGGGGAAGCGGGGGAAAUCAGGGGAGGAGUGAUGCGGUGAGGUGAGGAGACAUGACGCCAUGUGUGCAUGUGUUCUCGUACACUCAAACUCAGAAUGUUCAUAUCGCCGUCCAUUUCUGUGUUGUCUGGGAAACGCAGGCAAAUGUAUGUCAAGUAACACGCACAAGCAUUUAGACUCGCUUAUCGCACACACACAAACACACUAAAAUGUAACUAUUUUAAGACCUUUUAUGUACUUAAUGAGGAUUAAACCCUAUAGAGUCUUUGGCAAAUGCUCAAGUAAAACAAGUUACUGCUGAGUUUGACGUAAAAUGAUUUCUACGUGAGCAUUCGCUGAUGUCAUAGAUUAUGACAGUUUGCAGUGGAACGAUAUCAUGUCCCCUCAGAUGUCACUGUUGCUCCCUAUGCAACACAUUCACACACAACACACACUACACACACUCCCUCACCCCUGUAUUUUUAUACGACAUGGACAAAGUGCAAGUGCUGCACACAGCGUUCGUAGAGUUGUCACUUUGUCCAUCUGAGCUAAUUGUACUUGACUCGUUUGUCCUCUCUCUCUCUCUGUUUGUGUCUCCUUGGUUUCUUUUGCCCGUGAGUGUGCAAAGGAGACGGGUGGCGGGGUUCAUUCCUCCUGAGUGAGGCAGCACACGUGGCUGCGAGCGUCCUUGCUCUGGGUGUCUUGUGCCACACUUAGCAAUCAGUGGAGCAGUGUUAUCAGCUCUGUUUGCAGCCUGAACUCGGUGCCACUGGCGUUCAUGCGUUUAUCAUCAGGAAAGAAGUUGCACAUGUUUACAAGCGGCGUCGUUGCCGGGCGUUACUGUUGGCCAAGCUUCUCUUUAUGUCCUUAUUUGUGUAUAUUUAUGACAACCCCGACAAGCUGCAGGGAAGAUUUUAUCUUAUUUGUUUUAUUCUCCCUCUAAUGUACAUUUUUAAAAUUACAAUAUGCAACAAGAUAGCAGUUAUUUUUAACACUGGAAUGGUCAUUUGUGUACAUGAAAUAGUAAUGUACACGUGGCAGAAGCAUGCACUGAAAGCUGUACAACAACUUUGAUGUAACUGAGUUGUUUUCACACUGUAACACUAUUUAGACUCUUACUAUUGGAAUAUUACGCACAUAAUUCUGUAUUUAAGAAACACUAUGCUUUGUGUUGAGAACGCUGAGGCGGUGCGUGUCCGUCGGCUCCUUGAAAAGUGUUGUUUCUGUGCAGCAUCACUGGCUGACGGAUGAAGGUAGAGGUCAGAAAUGAACGUUUGUGCAAAGCUUUAGCGUUAGUGUCUGCUUUUUAAGUGAGAAAAUGAGUCACACGUUAUAAUAAUAUUGUCUUGCCUCCAUGUAUAUUUGCCAUUUGCUCUAAAGGGGAAAAUAACUUGCACAGCCUUCUACAGAGGAAGUUACUGUUCAUUUUUACCAAAGACGGCUUUAAUGAACACUCUUUAUUUGGAUGACAUCAGAAAUAUUGAUGGUUUACAUUAUUUAUUAUUGUUAUUAUUGCCACUUAAUACUUCAUUGUUUUUGAAUAUGCACUGAUUUUGCUCUGCAGCUGGAUUUAUGUUAUUGCACUAUUUAUCAGGCCAACCAGAGGUUAAAGACACUUAUGUCCUUUUUAGAGUGGUGGUGUAUUUUACUAAGCUGACCUAACUGAGCAGGACUGAACCCCUUCACCCUGUUGUCGUGUGUAAGUAACUGCACUUCUUUCUCUUUUUUGAAUGGUUACGAUCACUUUUGGCUCCUCCACCAUUUUUGUCUCAGUUGCUGCUCUCGAGUCAAAGGAAAUGCAGCGCUCCUCCUUUAUGCACAAAUGUCAAAGCCUGGUUUUUAUUUUCUGGAGGCAGUGCUUGUGAAAGAUGUGGGCCUUGUUUUUCAUGCCAACAGUCGCAGCCGCCCACUGACUCGUUGCCAAUCCCGUCACCUGCACUCGAUCUUGCCAAAUGAGCAGUAUGUGAGGCGUGUUCACACAGUGACUCAUAAAGGAGAAGAGGGAUUUCCCAGUUCGUCAUCACGUACAUUAUCCUCAUUAGUUUCCACUGUCACUGCCCCACCCCUGGCCUUGAACCUGUAACGUCUCCUACUUCAUAUUUACCGACUACGACCGUGGUACAAUGUAAAAGUUAAUGUUUUAUUGGCCACUGAAUGAAACUGACACAUUGCAUGAAAGUAGCUGCUAGUGUUACCUGAUUCGCUGUAGCCAAACACAGGCCCCUUUCCCCCGCCACUGGAAAAAAUGACAGUGUGUACAUAGAGACUGAAUAAUGAAAAUGAUUGUUGUCUUCUGAUUUGAAUGGUGAAGCCCAGGAAGUAAGGACAGAAGUAGCAGUUGGCCACCAGGGGGCAACUCCAAUGUUUGCCAAUAGAACUCAGUGUGAAAAUGACCCUCUCACUUUAUUUUAGAACGUCAGGAAACAUUUUUCUGAGGAUUCAACAGCCUCAAAGUCUAGUUUUAAGGUUUUCUUCAAUAGCACAUGAUGUCAAUUUUGUAAAUUAUUAUCGGUCACCAGUAAAGGAAGAUGAUUGGAGUUGGCGACAAUGCGUCGCUAUCAAAUAAACUGCACUGUUCAUGUUCAUUGUUCUCGAAAAAAGGGCUUUGAAUCAAAGUAAACGACAAUUUUGAACCGUAUUUAAAGUCCAUAUAAAUAAUGUAAAUACAUUUAUGUAGAUCCUAUAUACACACAGUGCAGAAGAUAAUACCUUUAUUCCUUUUUGAUACGUACUUAGUAUGAUGAGGAAAGACAAAUAAGAAGACGGGGGGAUUAGUCGCUCUGCUCUCUUUCACAGCCAAAGUGAGACAUGAGAGAGGGAAGCAGAUGCAGCGCAGUACUGAUUAAUAGCAGAUAAAUAUCAAAGAUGCCUGUUUUCUUAGUUAUUUCCAUAAGUGUGUAAAAUUGGUUUGAGUGCUAAUGUAGGCUCUUGACAUUAUGUGACCCCCCCCAACCCCCCC